GUCACUUCUUUUGCUCCGGUGUACGCUCCGCUAUCCGGUUGUUAGCAGCCGCUGGCGGCCGUGUGUGUGUGUGGUGGGACAGUUAGUCGUUGGCCGUCGUACACACUACACAUACUCAAGCAGUGUUCUCUCAAGUGAGCAACAUGGGAAUAAAGUUUUUGGAAGUUAUAAAGCCCUUUUGUGGUAUUCUACCUGAAGUUGCAAAGCCAGAACGAAAGAUUCAGUUCAGAGAAAAGGUGCUAUGGACAGCGAUAACACUCUUCAUCUUCCUCGUUUGUUGCCAGAUUCCACUUUUUGGGAUCAUGUCUUCAGAUUCCGCAGACCCUUUCUACUGGAUGCGAGUCAUUCUCGCUUCAAAUCGAGGCACGCUUAUGGAGCUGGGUAUCUCGCCUAUCGUCACAUCAGGUCUCAUCAUGCAGCUACUAGCUGGAGCAAAGAUCAUUGAGGUUGGCGACACGCCGAAGGACAGGGCACUCUUCAAUGGCGCGCAGAAAUUGUUUGGUAUGGUGAUCACGAUUGGCCAGGCGAUCGUGUACGUCAUGACGGGCAUGUACGGGGACCCAGCCGACAUUGGUGCUGGUGUCUGCUUCCUCAUCAUCAUCCAGUUGUUUGUGGCGGGUCUCAUCGUGCUUUUGUUGGAUGAACUGCUACAGAAGGGCUAUGGAUUGGGCUCUGGUAUCUCUCUCUUCAUUGCCACCAACAUCUGUGAGACCAUCGUCUGGAAGGCCUUCAGUCCAGCCACAGUCAACACUGGCCGAGGCACUGAAUUCGAGGGUGCCAUCAUUGCGCUCUUCCACCUUUUGGCCACGCGGUCGGACAAGGUGCGUGCCCUGCGAGAGGCCUUCUACCGUGCCAACCUGCCCAACCUCAUGAACCUGCUGGCCACAGUCCUCGUCUUUGCCAUAGUUAUAUACUUCCAGGGCUUCCGUGUGGAUCUUCCCAUCAAGUCUGCCCGCUACCGUGGACAGUACAGCUCCUACCCCAUCAAGCUCUUCUACACGUCCAACAUCCCCAUCAUUCUGCAGUCUGCGCUCGUCUCCAACCUGUACGUCAUCUCUCAGAUGCUUGCCGUCAAGUUCAGCGGAAAUGUAUUUGUCAACCUUCUGGGAGUCUGGGCGGAUGUUGGUGGCGCGGGUCCUGCCAGGGCGUACCCCAUCGGAGGCCUGUGUUACUACCUCUCGCCACCCGAGAACUUGGCUCACAUUUUGGAAGAUCCCGUCCAUGCGGUGCUGUACAUUGUCUUCAUGCUGGGCUCCUGCGCCUUCUUCUCCAAGACGUGGAUAGAGGUGUCGGGCUCUAGUGCCAAGGAUGUUGCCAAGCAACUAAAGGAGCAACAAAUGGUGAUGCGCGGUCACAGAGAAAAGUCCAUGAUCCACGAACUGAACAGGUACAUCCCCACGGCAGCUGCAUUUGGAGGCUUGUGCAUCGGAGCCUUAUCGGUGCUUGCCGACUUCCUGGGUGCCAUUGGCAGUGGCACGGGUAUCCUUCUUGCCGUCACAAUCAUCUACCAGUACUUCGAAAUCUUCAUCAAGGAACAGGGUGACAUGGGCGGCAUGAGCACACUGCUUUUCUAGGCCACUCAACUGUUCUCUCUUGUGUGUUGUUCUUGUUUUUUUUUUUUUAUCAGUGUACAUGUAUUUAAAGACAUUAAAAGACAACCACCUUGUUGAGAUGGCUGCAAGGCAGGUCCCCUAUAUGCGGCGACAUGGACGUCAAGGAGUGUUGGGGUUGUGAUGGCUGCCUUAAGAACUCGGGAGAGACUUGGAAGAAUGACAGAUGCGUGUCUACAACAUUUGUGUUCCACUGAGAAGUUGUCAAACAGCAUGGCAGAGAAGGAGAGUUCUUUCACAUCUUUUUCAGCGCUUGCAACAACCACCUUUGUCACUGCAAGCAUUUUUUUUUCUGUACUUACUGUCUUUCAUGUUUAGCAUGUGAGGCAGCAGAGGAUGGAUUUUUAUUGUACAUACUUACAGACGUUGUGUUGCAGGUUUUUGAGAAUGUCACACUUGCGUAUGAGUCAUGUAUCAAGUGCUUCUUUCUUUCUUUUCUUUUUAAAGCAAUGUCCAUUUGCUGCUGUAUAGUUGCUGCUGCAACACGAUUGAGUGUUGACCAUGUCAAAGGCAGACUUUUUUUUUUUCUGCUAGGAAUCUGGAAAGUUAUGCGCACACCGGAGCUUUGUGAACAUUUUUGUAUGAACAAUACCCAAACUGGGCUUUUUUGGAGGUCAUGGAAUUGGCAGACAGAUUUGUCAUGUAUCAUAUGUAUGACAUGCGCAAGUGGAAAAAAUAAAGGACUCUUCAGCAAUA